GGCAAACGCGAAUGAUCGACGUGAUCGACAGGGCGGGCUUGGAGCCGCUUGUUCCUCGUUUUUGCGAUCUUUCUUACCCACGCCUAACCAGUUCACCUGUCAUGCGUUAGGCACGCGGGAGUUCACCGAACUAUGAGUUUCUCGCGCGUAUUCAAAAGUUACUAUUUGCACAGCAAGUUUUCGCCAGAUGGACGAUUCUUGGCAGUGCCUUACGCCUCUAAAGUUAUCGUCUACAACCCGAGCCCGUUUCAAGAGGUAACGGCGUUUUCCAAUGCCGAGAACGUUGACCGCGUCGAGUGGUCCCCAGAUUCCAUCUUGCUGAUGUGCGUGUCGUUGAAACGCAAGUUCCUUCAGGUUUGGUCACUGGAAGAUCCGCAGUGGAAAUGCAAGAUCUCCGAAGGGCCUUUUGGGAUUACCGGAGCCUACUGGAGCCCAGACAGUCGCCACAUUUUGACGGUUGCAGACUUCCAGAUUCGCAUAACUAUAUGGUCUCUCAUUGACAAAUCGGUGCAUUACCUGGAGCAUGCCAAACUACCUUUACCCUGCCUUUCGUUUAGUUCGUAUGGCAGACUGCUUGCUGUUGCCGAGCGAAGAGACUCGAAAGACUAUGUCAGCAUCGUCACCUGCGACACAUGGAGCCUCGCAACGAAUUUUGUUGUCGGCACGGAGGACUUGGCUGGGGUUUCGUGGGCUCCCAAUGCUGACAUUUUCUGCGUUUGGGAGAAUCCAACUGUCGCUUUCCGACUGCUGCUGUAUAGCAGCGAAGGCCUCAAGCUCGCCUCUUACAGUCUCGAAGACGAACUGGUCGGCAUCAAGUCAUUUUCUUGGUCCAGCUGUGGACAGAUUGUGUUGUUGGAAGACCACAACGACAAGUUGAUACUUCUGGAGACGGUCACAUGGAGUCAAAUAUGGGAACACAGCUUGCCCGACGUCAUGGCAGACGACUCUGUUGCGGUUCACCGAGAGAUAAAACAAAAACAGAAACUGGAUCAGAGGCCAAGCAGUAUGAAGGCCCAAUACAAGUUGCUGUCGGAGUUGCCAGUGCGUCUGUCAAAGCUCACCGACCAGACUAGUACCGGAAGUCUGCAAAUAAUGAGCAGACCAACUUUUGCCAAAAUCAGCUCCAGCGGCGCCUACAUUGCACGCACAAGUGCAACUUUUCCGAGCGUUGUUUAUGUUCUCGACGUCAAGAACUUGGCACUUGUUGCAGUCUUGAUCCACUCCAAUGCAGUCAGCUGGAUCUCGUGGGACCAUCUGUCGGACAGCCUCGCGAUUUGCACCGGGUCCAAACACCUCCACUUAUGGUCCCCUUCGAGCUGCACUAUAUUGGACGUUCCCUUCAAAGGAUCAUUUCCAGUCAAGUCGUGUCAGUGGAACCCACAGAAGAGCUGCCUCGUGAUCCAUAGCGAGGAAAUGGCGGUGCUGUGCACUCCAGUUUGAAGAAAGCUGUCCACCUAGCAUCAUCCAUUCACUGUUGUGCGAGUCUGCAUUUGUAUUAAAGUAUUUGACCCAUACCCAUAGCAUGCCAUUAAAAACAU